AUGCACACUGCUUCUACAAACUUUUGUGAAAGACUGUGCAAUAAGUCCAUCCGUGAAAUUUCCUUGCUACCAAAUAUUCCACGGUCAACUGUUAGUGGUAUUACAAGAAAGUGGAAGCAACUGGGAACAACAGAAACUCAGCCACGCACUGGUAGGCCAUGUAAAAUGACAGCGCGGGGUCAGCGCAUGCUGAAGCGCACAGUGCACAGAAGUCGCCAACUGUCUGCAGAGUUAAUAGCUAAAUACCUCCAAACUUCAUGUGACCUUCAGAUUAGCACAACAACAGUGCAUAGAAAGCUUAAUGGAAUGGGUUUCCGUGGCCGAGCAGCUGCAUCCAAGCCUUACAUCACCAAGUGCAAUGCAAAGCGUCAGAUGCAGUGGUGUAAAGCACACCGCCACUGGACUCUA